CGGGCACUUUCAUGUCAUACAUUUAAGAGGCGACGAGACAGGACAUAUUAGCCGCCGCCAAGAACUGAAGGUCGAGAACCUUCCCGCACUUUUAAGCCCAGAUCACACUAUUGCUAUUUUCUACACUAGUUACUGCUCGACCCCACAAAUCAGGAGUUGCGAGCUGUAGGUGCCAGGUUAUUCAAUUGUAAGCAAGCAUCUUAUGAUAAACAAUGGACGCCUUUCGAAAGUUUAAUUUUGAGAGCGACGAGCGAUGGAAGGCAUAUCUCAAGACGGUGGAGCUUCCUUCUGGUGAAAGUGAAGGGCUAAUGCUAAAACUAAAGGCGCGCUGGUACAAGAAGACAAUCGACCCAGAUUUUGACACGACAGCAGUUGUACCGCCUCCGAAAGCGGCGCAGGGGAGUGGUACUGCUACCGGGACAACUCCCGACGGUUCGUCUUCUUCUCGGACCUACAACAGCAGCAGCAACAACAACGGCACCUCUAGCGGUUCCGGAAGUCAGUAUGUUCGUCCGCCGCCGCCACCGCCGCCGCCGCGAUACGGGCAGUACGGCAAUGCUGGGAGCGGCACGUACGGCAGCAGCAGCGCACAAAAGCGGUUGUUCCUCAUGCACGUGGGCAUGCUGCUGCUGGGCGUCUUGGCUGUCGUACCGUUCUUGCCGUACAGUCGCAACGCCUACGUUUUCUUCAUGCGCCUCACGAUCGUUACCUUCGGCUACAAGAUCUAUCUACAGCACGGACUUCCUUCGUUCCGGCCCAUGAGCAUGGCAAUGGCCUGGUUGCAGCGCGUGAUGCCCACCGCGGAC